CUCGAAGAACAAGGUAAUAGGUAAAGAUGAUGAACAAAUCCUUCCUCUCCAUGUUCCUAUUGAUCCUCCUCAUCUUCUCUUCUUCAGAAGAGAUGAUUGGUCGUACUGUUGAGGGACGAGUAUGCCAGUCGCCGAGCCAGAAGUUCCAUGGCCUUUGCUUGAUCAACCACAAUUGCUAUGUUGUCUGCCAGUCUGAAGGCUUCUCCGGCGGUGAAUGUGAUGGCAUCCGUCGUCGCUGCAUGUGCACUCGUCUUUGUUGAUUGUUCUAUAUAACAAUCCUAUUUUUUCUUUUAAAUAAUACCGUUACUA